ACUUUUAUAUCCAAUCAUUGCCAUACCUUGAGGUAGAAUCAGUUCAAUGCUGAAGGUCGUCGAGAAGAUAAUGCAACUGCUACGACCGCGGAUGUGUCAGUUUGGGCAAUCCAAUAAGAACAUUUCCAAGAAUUUAUUUGAGAGGGCCAGAGCGGAUGAGAAUAUCCACUUCCUAAAACUGCAAAGAGAACAGCUAAAGUCCUUGCGAGAGAAGAUUCUCAGCCAGAAGAAGGAAGUCACGACGGAGAUCAUCAAGGUGGACAAGCAGAUAAAGUCGUUGGAAAAGUCCAAGCCUUCGGAGAAGCAGUCAUAAGAACCAUGGAGAAAACUAAAUAAAGUGUGGCAGAAACAUA